GGUAGUCAGUGUGAAUUGCUGAGGACCUCUCAACAACGGCAGUCCAGGAGACGAAUCUCCCGAGGUAGGACGUUUGCUAACUGAUCCAGCGAGUAAUAUCGGAGGGCGCCAUGUCACCAUCACCGAGACGAUUCGCCGUGAUUGCCUAGGAUUUUCAUCAUCUCCAGGCCGCCGCAAUGUGGCCUGGAGUACCUGUGGUAGUGCUACUGAUAUCCCUGCUGCAUCCUUCAAGAUGCUCGCAGGGGGGAAAGGUCAACUUUCGGGAGAAGGAGAAGGAAGUCCUGGACGACAUUCUAGGGGAGAAAAAAUACGAUGCACGUAUUCGUCCAAGUGGAGAGAACGGGACAGAUGGCGCGACAAAUGUGAAGGUCAACAUCUUUCUUCGCUCAAUCAGCAAAAUAGAUGAUUAUAAAAUGGAAUAUUCGGUACAAUUAACAUUUCGAGAACAAUGGUUAGAUGAGCGGUUGAGAUUCAAUGAUUUUGGAGGAAAACUCAAAUAUCUCACAUUAACGGAAGCUUCAAGAGUAUGGAUGCCCGAUCUUUUUUUCUCCAAUGAGAAAGAAGGACAUUUCCAUAACAUCAUUAUGCCAAAUGUAUAUAUCCGAAUAUUUCCACAUGGAUCCGUUCUUUACAGUAUACGAAUAUCUCUUACAUUAUCAUGUCCAAUGAAUUUAAAACUUUAUCCUCUCGACCGGCAAACUUGCUCAUUACGAAUGGCCAGCUAUGGUUGGACGACUGAUGACUUAGUGUUUCAAUGGAAAGAAGGUGAUCCCGUCCAGGUAGUGAAAAAUUUACAUCUUCCACGGUUCACUCUGGAAAAAUAUCUCACUGACUACUGUAACAGUAAAACAAAUACAGGCGAGUACAGCUGCUUAAAAGUGGAUCUGCUCUUUAAGAGAGAGUUCAGCUACUAUCUUAUCCAGAUCUACAUUCCCUGCUGUAUGUUAGUCAUUGUCUCAUGGGUAUCUUUUUGGCUGGAUCAAAGUGCCGUACCAGCUCGAGUGUCGCUCGGUGUAACGACACUACUGACAAUGGCUACACAAACGUCUGGAAUAAAUGCUUCACUGCCACCGGUCUCAUACACAAAGGCAAUUGACGUAUGGACAGGAGUAUGCCUGACUUUUGUAUUUGGUGCGUUGCUAGAAUUUGCGCUGGUAAAUUAUGCUUCGCGAAGUGAUAUGCAUCGAGAAAAUAUGAAAAAAAAAUAUCGAGAAAUGGAACACUCAUCAUCCGUCGACCCGGCCACUGAACUCCUUGAACCGGACGGCGCCACCAAUUUUCAAAUGGUCGUGGCUGUCCAAGUUCCCGACGAGGUCCAAGCGCAUCGACGUCAUCUCAAGGAUCACCUUCCCUCUCGUGUUCGCUCUGUUCAACCUCGUGUACUGGUCCACAUACCUGUUCCGGGAGGAAGCAGAGAACGAGUAAACUUAGACGAGGAGAUGCUUGGAUCUAGGGAUGUGGCUCGCGGCCAUCUCUAUCACUCUCAUCACACAUCACGGCAUCGUUCACGUUCUCAUCCUCGCAGUCUUGGUAAUCAAACCCAUCACAGUCACCAUCACGGUUAUCAUCACAACCAUCACUCGUAUAAUCGUCAGCGGCAACGUCACUUUCAACCGCAAUCGCCUACUUCAUCAUCUCAGACAGAGAAUGAAGCUCAAUGUUCACCAGGAACAUCGCAAACUUCUCGGAUACCAUCACGAGGAUCACCAUCACCAGGUUCCUCACGAAUGGCAACACCAUCGCCACCAGUGAUGAUUAGAAAUAACCGAAAUAUUCGUAAAUUUUUGUGUUUAUCCGAUGGUACAACGAGAAAAAUGCCAUUAAAGCAAUUAUUCGGCUGUCAAGCGAAAGGCAGCGCAAGAAUUGACGUUAUUGCACGAUUUGCUUUUCCAUUCAUGUUUGUCAUGUUCAAUUUUGCAUAUUGGUCCAUGUACCUCUUUCGGGAGGAUGAUGGUGCAAAAGGGAGCUGAGGAAUGACUGAUAAGAAAUGUAGAAUUAAAUACGGGUUGGGAUAAUAAUGGUGAGAAAUGGAAAUUUUAAUUAUUCAAUGUCGAUUAACCUCAGUACGACAAUUUACUUGUCUUGUAUUCAAUUGACUCAUCUUAUAUAAUACGCGAAAUUUUUCAAUUAUCAAUAAUUAGACAUCAUCAAUCGACAUAAAUUAAUGAAGCAAUUUGUCGUACUGAAUGGCGAUAAUUAAAUGCUCAAAGAUAUUAGAAAAAUAAUGAUUAAUAAAUCCAGGAACAUUUCUCUGUAAGCACAAACGAAUUUUGGGCGAGAACGAGAAUCAUUAGUGUGAAUGUAAUUUGUAGCAUAUUAAAUGAGAGACCGCGUGCCACUAAGUGAAAUUAAUAAAUAGUGGGCCUUGAAUAGCCACGGCCUUAAAACUGAUAUGCAUGUAAAUUUAUAAGUAUUAUACCUAUUAUGUAUCAAAAACGAAAA